UAUGUACCUGGCAGGACCCGCUGCCUAGGAAACGCGUCGCGCGGGAGGAACGGGCUGAGGAGAGGGCUUGUUGGCGGUGGCCUCUUUCGUUGAGAGAGCCAUGGCUUCGCGCGGCGAGCGCCCCGUCCCUUUGCCUCGGGCCGCGGCCAAGGUUGGAAGGCCCAUGCCCAAGCUCCCUGCAGGCAGCCUCACGUCUGAGGGUUCAGCAUGUCAAGAUAAUUCACUGUUGAGAGGGGAUAAACAGAACAAUGAACUUCACACUCCUUUUAUGAACAGGAGUGAGCAAAAGAAACUGCAAGAGGAAAAUCUAAGAUUAAAGUAUGAAUUAGAAGAUUUAAGAAGCCAAUAUGAGCAGCUCAUAAAGGAAGGGAAGAAUGAAUGCUUUGAGGAAAGACGUGUUAAUUUUCUGAAGGCUCAAGUACUACAGCUGGAAAGGCAGGUGCUGCUGCUUACAGAAGGAUUAAGUUCUCGAGCUGCUCUUAUGUUGCAGUCAAACAAUUCUUUAGAAGCGCUUACUGACAAGCUUAGUUUUUUUCUCAGUGCUGAAGGAACUGCAACUGAAGUAACCAUUCCACGUCCAGAACUUCUUCAAGUAAUUGAGAUAUGUGAAGCAAUGAGACUAAAACUUCAAAGAAACCAGCAGAUUUCUGAUCUGUCAAAACUUGCAUUGCCUUGGACAAUGGGAGGGAACCUUGUUACACAGCCAGUUACCCUUUUGGAUGUCUGCUAUGGCAAAAUAGAAAAUUUAAAUCUCAGAUAUGUGAGCGCUCUUGAAGGAAAACUUAGCAAGCUGCGGAGACACCUGCUUGCCAUGAGGCAAAAUCUGGGUUUUGUUCUUGCCCCAGGACAGAUGUCCUCCGAGGCAGCUCAGCACAUCCUACCAACUGCUGUUUAUGCUCGGCUGAUAAAUCAUGCAACUCAGUGUCAGCAGUCUGUGGAGGAAUGUUGCAAUGAUUUGCUCACUUUGACACUUCUGGUACCUUCAGCACCUUGGGAAAUCCUGGAGAAUUCUUUGAGCCAGGAGUUCACUGUGGAGAAUGUGCUUGCGACGCUUCCAGCCUUCCCCAAGGGUGCCCCUCAGCAACGUGCUAAAAGGGCAGCAGAAGCCCUGGUAAAGGCUCAAAAUUAUUCCAGGCAAAUGGCAAUGCAACAGAUACUUGCUUUGCAAGCUGAACUUAACUUCCACAGAAAUUUAUAUAAUCUUCAAGUUAAGUACACCGAAGCUGUCUUUGAUGGGAUAAAGCAAGCAUACCACACAUUUCAAGAUAAUGUUGCCAUGGCUCUAUGUUCACCAUUACAAGAUGUUUUUUCUUCUUAUACAAAACUUAAAGCAGAAGCUUCAGAGGCAGCUUUGAGAGACUUCCUCACUGCUUUUAGGAACAAUGCAGAACAGAUCCAAUAUGCAGUUGAAACUUUGGCUCCACCAGUGAAUCAGCAGCACGAAGGUGAUGAAGCCUUGUCAAAGUUUGGAAAAGAGUUCUUUCUGUCUUUGGAACGUUCCCUCAAAGUCUGUGGAGAGCAACGGGAUAAGGCUGCCAGUGAAAUGGAAACCUUGCAAACAGAACUGGACCAGGCCUUCGAAACUCUUCGGAAUUUAAGGGACCAAAAAGUGAAGAAAGCAGGAGCCAGUCAGCGUUUUCCAAAGCAGGAAGAUGACAGAGCAGAUGGAAUAGAAGAAGGGGGCUUGAAUGUACUUCCAAAACACAAGCCUGAGCCUGAACCAGCAUCCACAUUUCCUGUAGACAGGCAUGGCCUCUUGCUAAAACACGCUUCUGUUAUAGAGAGGGAAUCUGUCAACCCAUCUUCCAAGCAGAAAAUGGAAAGCUCUGAUGGUGUGAAUGUUCAGCAGAAGGGGAAGUUCCUACACCGGAGCAAGAGUAUGAAACACACGGAAAGGCCACCAUGGCAAAGUUAGACAUAGCUCUUUGGGCCUGACAGCCUUAGAUUUGUCAACAACUCUUAACUGAAUUCUGUGGGAGUGAAGUUGUGACUAUGGGGUGUAUCAGUGGGAUAUAAGCUUAUUUUCCUCCGGGAGUUAAUUUUAUACUCUUUCGUGGCUCCUGAGAGCCAUUUUAUACAUGUCACAUUUCAUUCCCUAGAACUGUUUCCUGUUUAGAAAAUGGAAAACAUUUGGCCUGUUGAAGCAACUUCCACAUAAUGUUAAAAGACAUGGGAACAUGCUGAAAAAUCACAUAUCUCUGAAGAGAUAGAAUGUCAAAGCUGGAAUGUGUGCAUAGAGAGAAGAUGAAUGCCAUUGUGUGCAUCACAACUCUAAAAUUAAUUCUGCACCCCUUCUGCCACUUUUUGCAGUGCUUUAUAACCUAAGAAGUGUACUUACCCCUGACUGUCAUUGGGUCAGGGCUUUAUAUGUAUGCAAGGCAGUGUAAGCUAGAGAAUGGCUUUGAAGGUAAUUGAAUGCACAUCAGUACCCCUCUUUUCCCCUCACUUUCCUACUUGUGGUGCAGGCACAUAGGGGCUUCACUGCAGACUGAUUCCACACCGAUCCAUGUAACAGAUGGAGAAUAGCACUGUGGGACUUCCAUGAGCUAAAUAAUCGGGACAUUUGGUUUUCAGGUGUCAGUGCAGAGGGAAAAGACAUUUACUGUUUUUAUUUUAUUUUUGGUGGUUCCCUAUUAGCGCUGAAGCAAUAACCCAGGUAGUUGCUAAGCAGAUGUCCCCCAAGCACCCACUGGAAUUUAAUGGAAGAGACUUUGAACCGAUCUCAUCACAAUUUUACGUUGUCCUUUUCCUAGACAGAUGCUUUUGCUUGAAAACAAUCCUUGAAGCAGGCUUGUGAUUUGUGGCAUUCCACAAAGCCAAGUCUGGUUCUCCGUAAAUGGUCUCAGCUAUCUGAGAAACUUGAUUGUUCCCCUUGGCUUGCUACCCUGCUGAAAGCAAUACUCAGGGCCUCAUGCUUAUGAGGCUAAUAAAACUGCCCAAAAUGAUAGCAUGAGGAUCAAGGACAGCAUUCAAAAUGUUUAUGACUUGUGCAUGGUUUUGACAACCCCCCUUUUUUGAGAAUGAUGCAAAAACUUAUGCUCUGUAGUAUUUUAAAUUUUGUAUUUUAUAUUUUAUUCCCCCCCCUAUCAACUAUCGGUUGAAAUGUCGAAGAUGAAAUGUUUCUUUGUUCUCAUUAAUAAAUGACAGAAAUGGAAUGCAACCUUUGUUUUGUUGUUCAACCUGGUUCAACGGUGGAAUGAUUUUUCCCUGUUUCCUUCAUUUUCUAAGAGUAUCUCUUACAGGUGCUUCCAAAUGUAUAAGGACUAAAAUAAGCUUGUUUCAAUUGGCUUGUGCUUCUUUCCACAGUUCUUCUAAGGUAAGUGGCCUUGAUAGCUACAGAGGUCUCUUAAAAGAGUCAAUGAGAAUUUCCAAGUAUUAUUAAGUUAGUGCUCAUCAAAUCCUUAGGUUUUUAAAAUUAUCAUAGUUAUUCUAAUAUUUAAUUAUGAAAAGUGAUUCACAUAAAUAAGAACACUGCCCUUAAAAUCCCAGAAAAUAGGCAAGAGUUAAGACUUAUUUUCUCGAAGCUACGAACAUGAGUUUGACCAAACUGCGGGAGGCAGUGCAAGACAGGAGUGCCUGGCGUGCUAUGGUCCAUGGGGUCACGAAGAGUCGGACACGACUAAACGACUAAACAACAACAAGACUUAUUUUAAUAUUUAAGAAUAUUAAAUCAGAGCAUGGCUCUCUAAAAGCAACAAUAAAAACUACUAUGAAAGUAUCAGAGAAUAAAAACGAUUUAACCUUCUGUGAAAGUGAUUGAGAAGGUGUUAUUCUGCAAAGGUGGUACCACCAUUGAAAAGCCCCUCUCUCCAGUUGCUACCCACCUAACAUCUGCCAGUGUAGGCAGACAGAGGAUGGCACCUGAUACAGAUCUUCAAUUUUUGCACAGGUUCAUAUGGAAGAAGACUGUCUUUCUGGUACCCAAACUGUUUAGGUCUUUAAAGUUCUAAAGCAUUAAAAGAAAUAAUCUUUGUAUAUCACAUACUCAUUUGGGUCUAAAUCAGGCAUCCCCAAACUUCGGCCCUCCAGAUGUUUUGGACUACAAUUCCCAUCUUCCCCUACCACUGGUCCUGUUAGCUAGGGAUCAUGGGAGUUGUAGGCCAAAACAUCUGGAGGGCCGCAGUUUGGGGGUGCCUGGUCUAAAUGAUUGAUAAUGAUACGUAAUACUUUGUUGGCCAAAAAGGCCAUUUGGAUUACUUUGGAACACUUCAUGUCACCCUUUUUGAUCUAGAACUAUGAUCACAUUCCCCAAGCCCAUUUACUGAAAUAGAAUAACUGUACUGUAAGCAGUGACAGGAGAGUAAUGUUCUGAUGGACAUGCCAGGAUAAAAUCCAUAUCAUGCAAGGAAAAUGAAUAGUUUACCAUCUCAGUGCAACCAUUUUAUAAAUGAAGAAAGUCAGAGCAGAUCUUGAACUAAUCUUUCUUUCUUUCCCUCUCUCUCCGUCUCUCUCUCUCUCUGGAAAGAAAGAAAGAAAGAAAGAAAGAAAGAAAGAAAGAAAGAAAGAAAGAAAGAAAGAAGACAAAGUGCCAGUGGAGGGAGAGAAAUUUCCCUUCCUCUUUUGGAAGCAUGAUCUUUCCCUUCAUCCUUUUGUCGUGCUUGUCUCCAAAGGCACCAGAUGUAGCAGAUUGAUCAGCAGGAUGGCUACCAGCAGCACAAGUGACAGCAUGAUUGGUUGCCUAUUCCUUUUUAAGGUGAUCUUGGCCUUGCUUACAAGCAGUUAUAGGGCUGAAAUUCAUUAGUAUUUUUGAAGGAGACUCUUCUGUCAGCUUGCUGGGAGGGGAGAAUGGAGUCCCACUGCCAGCAGCUCUUGCUUCAUUUCAAAAUAUAUAUAUUUGAUCUCCUAAAUUCUGCUGGUUUUUCUUGCAUAAUUUAUGAGACUCGUUUAUUCUGCGCUUUCACAUGUAAAUAGCCAUCCACCCACUGUGUCCUCUGAAUUGCAUUUUAAUUACAUUAGGCUUGUGGUUCCCCCCUGAUUUUUUAACUAGCAUGUGAUAUAUGUUCAGAUGGAAAUUAAUGAUUUUAACUACUCGUGACUAAAACUAUAGCUGCUGUAAUGUUACUGGGUAUUUUAAGCAAGGAGGAGGAAAAGUAGUUUCAAAAAGAAAGAAAAGAGAUGCUAGUUUGCCGAUCGCAAAGUCAUUUUAUGUAAUAUUACAUAUCAUUGAGAUUUAAUUAAUCUGUAUAUUGGAAACAUGUGUUUGGACUCCCAACAUUUAGUUUAUAAUAACCUUAACAUAAUUAAUUUUCAAAGCGUGCAAACAGCUUUCUUUGAAAAUGAUCUGCAGCAUCCAUAUUAAUAAUAAAACAAACCAUGCUUUGCUAUUGAAUUACACAUUUCCUUUGAAGUGAGUCCAGAGAAACGAUAUGCCGUCCUCAGUCAUGUUAAUUCUCUGAUGCAAGGCUUAUGGAAAUGUAGUGCAAUUAGCUACAUGCUAACAACCACCUUGCUGCAUUUCCCAAGAUGCCAUUUCAUGAAAGGCUCACCCAGAAGUCUGGAGCAGUACAUUUCACUAGUGUGGCGGUCCUGUUUUGCAAAUUAGUUGGCAUUGUAACUGUGGACCCUUUGCUUUUUCCUAGUCUUAUCCCAUUUUGUAUAGGGCUUCAGAGCAGACUAGCAUAAACAGAAUUCAAUAUUUUGAAGCAUUCAGAGGGCCAAUGAUGGUUUUCUUUGUAACAAAGCACUUGCGUCUUGGUGGUAGUAAUAUUAUAUAUAUAUCACUGCCCCCAGUUCAAAUAAUGAUGACUCUCUACAUCCUUACCAUCCCAUACUGAGAUUCAGCAGCUGAGCAUCUCUUGGCCCUCACUUUAAAACAGGCUUCCUCAACCUCGGCCCUCCAGAUGUUUUUGGCCUACAACUCCCAUGAUCCCUAGCUAGCAGGACCAGUGGUCAGGGAUGAUGGGAAUUGUAGUCUCAAAACAUCUGGAGGGCCAAGGUUGAGGAAGCCUGCUUUAGAAUAUCUAGCAGCCUUCUCUUGCCAAGGGAGCAGAGCUCAGCUGUGUGUUCUGAAGGCAUGGUCUUUAACUUCAUGUGAAUGGCCUGUGACAUCACAUUGUACCUUAGGCAGCUCUGCCAAACAUCAAGAUGGAGAAGAGUUACGCAACAGCCUUGUCUGAGAGAGAUUACAGAACCAGUUUAAGCCAGCUAUACUUCUCUGAAGGAAUAACCCAAACAUCACGAAUCUUCUUCUUGCUUCUUUCACACAGAGAAGCUUCCAGAACCCUCUUGAAUUCAGUAGAAUAGGAGAGAUCUCUAAACAUCAGGUCAAUACUUUCUGUACUAAGAAAUGCAAACUCACACACAGAGAGACCCCAUUUAUUAGGUGCAGGAAGUAUUGAUAUGCAAAAUACCUAUAGAAAAACUUUGCAUGUGCACCUUCUACAAAAGUAAACCCUAGCCUUGUGUUGCUAGACCUGCAAUUCACCAGCAGAAAACACAGUUACCAUCUGCUUCUGUGACUAGCAGAAAGACACCCUGACUCCUAAAAAAAACAACUCAACCUUCUUAAACUAAAUGUAGCCCUUCACAUUAUAAAACAAAACGCUACCUAUGAAACCUGACACAGUCAAGGGAAAAAAAGGCUUUUAUGAUUGUAGUCUAUAAUUUGUGGCCUUGUAUAGAGAAAACUUGGUGGGUUACAGUAGGGUAAGCGGGAAAUGAAUGUGUGGCUGUUAUGCUGAAGUACUAGACUCAAAAUUCUUAAGUGACCACUAGAAUCCAGGGCAUAAUCAUAUGAUGAUAUUCUUUGUCUAUAGCAGACACCCCCAAACUUCGGCUCUCCAGAUGUUUUGGACUACAAUUCCCAUCUUCCCUGACCACUGGUCCUGUUAGCUAGGGAUCAUGGGAGUUGUAGGCCAAAACAUCUGGAGGGCCACAGUUUGGGGGUGCCUGGUCUAUAGCACCACAGAACUGAUCAUAGAGCUCUUGUACUAUUUCUCUCUCAUGACAAUUACCCAUUUGCUGGUUUAAAGGGAAAGACAAAUUCAGUUGGCUUCAUUGUCCCAGAGAUUAGUCAAUACUGCUGGCCACUAGGCUCCAUUGCCUCUCUCAUAAUUUCCCAAUAUUGAGUAGCUGCUGCAACUCCACAUUUAUGCUGAGCCCUGCAGUGGCAUGCCAUGAUCUCAGGUGGGUUUGGGUGUCUCCUGGUAGAGAAUCAGCAGUUGGCAGGAAGCAGAUGGCUAUUAGAAAGAACUAUAGGCUGAAAUUGGAAAUAGAACCAUUGGUCAAGACUCAUGUGUGUGCAUCUCCAUUCAGUUAAUAAAAAAUGACUGUAAUUUUGUGAUCAGAAUUAUCCUUAUUUUACCACUGAUUUAUCAGCCAAGAUUAGUUAGGUCUGUAUACCCUGUUUCUCAUAUUUUAAGACAUACCCAUAAAAUAAGCCAUAGCAGGAUUUUUAAGCAUUCAAGGAAUAUAAGCCAUACCCCGAAAAUAAGACAUAGUGGUAGGCGCAGCAGCAAUGCCGGCCGCGGCAGGAGGAGGAGGAGGAGGAAAAAAAUAAGACAUCCCUUGAAAAUAAGCCAUAGUGUGUUUUUUUGAGGAAAAAAUAAAUAUAAGACGUGUCUUAUAAUAUGAGAAACACGGUAAUACAAAUUCAACACAGAGCUGUAUGUGCUUAAUUACAUGCUAAUGAUGUGUAAAUAAGUUCCUCUCUUGAUUAUAUUUUCUAAUUAUUUCCUUCUAUCAGUUUAUUACCAGAACUUCUAUCAAACUCUAACACACACACACACACACACACACGUACGUUCUAACACAUUUUCCUUCCACUUUGAAUAUAACGUUCCUCUCAGUUCUAUAACUAUAGAAAUUACUAAUUUUGUUGUUUGUUGUUUAGCCGUGUCUGACUCUUCGUGACCCCAUGGACCAGAGCACACCAGGCACUCCUGUCUUCCACUGCCUCCCGCAGUUUGGUCAAACUCGCGUUAGUAGCUUCGAGAACACUGUCCAACACUUCGAGAACAGUUACUGUUGAUUUAAUAAAUCUACAAUGCCUUUAUGCUAUUCCCUUUAUUUCAAAUAUGUAAUCUCAGGGAUCUUUACACCGGUAGCACUUAUUUUCACUAAGGCUGAGCCUAAUAUAUUUUUCUGCCAUUAUCUGAGUAUAUUUUGAAAAUUUUCACUGGAGACUUCCCAGUUUAUAUCAGCUUCUACAUUCUAUCAGAUCUAAUUGCCCUCUUCCUCUACAGUGGUUCACUGUUGUUUUCCACAGCUACUUUAAGCUCACAUCCCUUACAUUUCAAGGCUUGUCUUUAUUGGCCCUUGUUAAAACCACCUGAAGGCAUGAAGGCUAUAUUCAGAUUAAAUUCUUUCAUUACAUAUCCAUUCCCUGAACCACCAUCUUUAAAACGUUGCCAAUAAAUCCUGACAUAAAAACCAGUUGCAUUUGAAGCUGAUUUGGGGUUAAAGGUUGUCACGUUACAGUAGCUCAAGGCUGUUGUUAAUGCAGCCCUCGACUACUAUAUUUUCUGCAAGCUUAGUAGGACACCCUUUUCCCAAGCACUUUUCGAACUCAGCUGAAAGGUCCCUAUGAACAUCUUCCAUUAGCCAUGAUUUACAGGUGCCCUUGUACCCCACAGCAGCAAGUUCAGUAAAUUUAUUCCAGAAUUUGAUAGCUUGGAUAAAGAUAACAAAAGAAAACAGCUGCUGUCAGCUUGUAAGAAAUAUAUUCCUUCUCUGCUAAGACCCAAGUUUCAGCUAGAAUUAUUAUUAUUUUUUGGCAAUGUUUUAUUCCCACCCAUUCAGUGACACAUAAAGGUAAAGGGACCCCUGACCAUUAGGUCCAGUCGUGACCGACUCUGGGGUUGCGCGCUCAUCUCGCAUGAUUGGCCGAGGGAGCCGGUGUAUAGCUUCCAGGUCAUGUGGCCAGCAUGACAAAGCCGCUUCUGGCGAACCAGAGCAGCACAUGGAAACGCCGUUUACCUUCCCGCUGUAGCGGUUCCUAUUUAUCUACUUGCAUUUUGACGUGCUUUCGAACUGCUAGGUUGGCAGGA